AUGGUUCUCUCUGUUUCAAUAAUUGCCUCUCUCGUACCAUACAUAAUAGUCUCAGCAUUACUUCUCUUCCUUCUCCUCGAGCAACUCUCUUACAUUCGCAAGAAAGGUAACCUCCCUGGCCCUCUCUUCGUCCUUCCGAUCAUCGGAAACGCCGUCUCAGUCGUCCGUGACCCCACUUCCUUCUGGUACAAGCAAUCUGCAGCGGCCGGAACCUUCCCUGGCCUCUCCGCUAACUACCUCGUCGGGAAAUUCAUCGUCUACAUCAGAGACACUGAGCUGUCUCAUCAAAUCUUCUCCAACGUUCGUCCUGAUGCCUUCCACUUCGUCGGACAUCCCUUCGGGAAGAAGCUAUUCGGUGAUCACAACUUCAUCUACAUGUUCGGCGACGAUCACAAGUCCGUUCGCCGUCAGAUUGCCCCUAAUUUCACCCCCAAGGCACUCUCCACCUACUCUGCUCUCAUGCAAUUAAAUAUCCUCCGUCAUUUACGCCAUUGGGAGGAAAAUUUCACCGGCCCGGUGUCGCUGAGAACCCUCGUCCGUGAACUCAACCUAGAGACUUCUCAGACGGUUUUCGUCGGACCUUACCUUGACAAGGAAGCAAGAAACAGGUUCCGUACGGAUUACAAUAUCUUCAACGUCGGAACCAUGACGCUUCCUAUCGACCUCCCGGGGUUUGCGUUCCACGAGGCUCGCCUGGCGGUGAAGAGGCUGGCGAAUAUACUCGCCGUCUGCGCCGGAAAAUCGAAAGCGAGGAUGGCGGCAGGGGAAGAGCCGACGUGUCUGAUCGAUUUCUGGAUGCAGCCGAUCGUCGCGGAGAUCGAAUCCGGUAAUCCGGCGCCGCCGCAUUCAACAGACGAAGAGAUCGGUGGUUUCCUCUUCGAUUUUCUAUUCGCCGCGCAGGACGCGUCCACGUCAUCGCUUCUCUGGGCGGUGGCACAGCUUGAUUCGGAGCCGGAGGUGUUGAGCAGAGUGAGGGAGGAAGUCGGAAGGAUUUGGUCCCCUGAGUCCAAUGCGUUGAUCACCGUCGAUCAGCUCGCGGAGAUGAAGUACACGCUCUCCGUGGCGCGUGAGGUCGUGAGAUACCGGCCUCCGGCGACUAUGGUCCCACAUGUCGCUGCUGUAGAUUUCCCUCUCACGAAAUCUUACACUGUCCCAAAAGGUACAAUCGUAUUUCCCUCGGUUUUCGACUCCUCGUUUCAAGGGUUCACUGAAGCGGACCGGUUUGAUCCGGAUCGGUUUAGCGAGACCAGGAAAGAGGAACAGGUGUUCAAACGCAAUUUUUUGGCCUUUGGAUGGGGCCCGCACCAGUGCGUGGGUCAGCGUUACGCCCUGAACCAACUUGUGCUAUUCAUCGCGAUGUUCUCGAUGCUGCUGAAUUUCAAGAGGCUUCCAUCUGACGGCUGCGAUGAGAUCGUGUACUGCCCAACGAUAUCGCCUAAGGAUGGGUGUACGGUAUUCUUGUCUAAGCGCGUCACAGCGUAUCCGAACCUGUCGUUGAAAUGA